UAAUUUAUGACGAAAAAAUAUUUCAAAAUCAGUAAACGCAAAAACACCUUUAAUCAACGGAAAAUUGUGUGAAAUCUUCCUAUUAACUCAAUGAUUUAAGCCGCGCAGUAUCUUGUUGACUUUUAUUGUUGUUGUGGUUGGGAUCAAUCAGUGUCAGGCAAACAGACAGAGUCAAUAUUAUAAUAAUUGUCCAAUUGUGAGCGCUGCCAUAAUAGCAAAUCCAAAUAACGGCAUUUAUAGGCAGCAAAACAGCUCUAACGCCAGCAAGCAAACACUUCACACACGCACAUACAUAUUUACAUAUACAUAUAUAAAUGUAAACACAAAAUUGAAAAAAAAAAAACAAAAUUACAAAAAAUUGUUAGGCAAUUCUUCACUUAUUAACGACUAAAGGAGUCUGUCUGAACGGCGUAUUUUCCCUUAGCCCUUGUAGACAAGACUGCUACGAGUAUUGUUGUGUGCGAAAACAAAAAAUUAACAUAAAAAUCUGUCAGUCGGUGUCGAUUUUGGUUGCAGAGCUUACCUGUAAAUCCGACGUGCGUCCGUCCGUUCAUCCGUUGCUGUCUGCCCGUUUGUCGUCUUGUCUGGCAGAGCUCCUUAGCUUUCAUGCGGCGCAUGUCUUUGAAGUCUGCGUUUGUUUGCCUGCCCAGACGCUACUCUAUUUUUGUGUUUCUGUCUGUGUGUGGGUAUACUUGGCAGUUAUUUUUAAAUACACAGCUGUGUUUAUUGUCUUCUCGCAGUACAACAAAGUGUGCUAGAAGCCAACUUUAGGUUAAACCGACACGUCGCGGAGGCAUUGCAAUCUCGGUAGCUGAACUACUAGUUUAUGUGCGCAUUGUGUAAGUGAGUGACCGUCAAAACUCGGUGUCAUUAAAACAAACAAACAAGCGGCAAAAGUCAAGUUAAAUUACUUGGCUGGCAGUUAUGGCCGCAAAUCUUGCAGUUUCUGUUGAAAAAUUUGCGUAUUUCUUAGAAAAAAUGCAGACUUACAAUUUAAAUGCCGCGACGCUGCUCGCUUUAAUGUGCUGCAAUGUUUUUGGUGUGACGUUUGCAAACGAUUUCGCCUACAAUGGAGCAAUGGGACCCGAUCAUUGGGGUGAACAGUUCAGUACGUGCAGUGGCAAGCAUCAAAGUCCGAUCAACAUUGACUCUGUGAAUGUGAUCAGACGAACUUAUCCGCCACUAAUUCCUGACAAUUUUGGUUCACAGACAAUUGGCGCUGAAAUAUUAAACAACGGCCAUACAGUGGUCGUACGUCUUGAGUACGCCGGAGAACGUCCAACCGUAUCGGGUGGUCCAUUAGUCGGAAAAUUUGUUUUCGAACAGUUACAUUUUCACUGGGGCGAUAAUGAUACAUUCGGCAGUGAGGAUCGCAUCAACAAUGUCUCUUUUCCAGCUGAGUUGCAUAUGGUUUUCAGGAAUACCAAGUAUCCCAACUUCGAAGAAGCGGCGGCGAAGAGUAAUGGUGUGGCUGUUUUGGCGUAUUUCUAUAAGAUAACAAGAAAAAAUAAUUUUCAAUAUGAUGAGUUCACGGAGCUGUUAGAGCAUGUAGUCAAACCAGGCACGGUUGCCAAGUUCAGUAAUCCACCAUUACUUUGGCAUUUCAGUCACAUUGGAAUUGACGAUUAUUAUACGUAUAUAGGAUCGUUGACUACGCCCCCUUGUAGUGAGGAUGUGAGCUGGAUUGAUUUUAAAGAGCCAAUACAUAUCUCUGCAAAUCAGAUCGAGCGUUUCCGUCAUCUCCACACUAACGACAAUUCGCCAAUGACACACAAUUACCGCCCACUUCAGCCGCUUAAUGAUCGCACCGUCUAUUCUUCGCUGACGCUGAGAGAGCCAAACCGUCGCAUCAAACAGCCGCCCAGUGAUAUACCUUUUGUAGAUAAUAUGGUUGGCGGUGCCACGAUGCAGAAACCUUUUGUGGUCGGUGUUGCAACCAUAAUGCUUUCAUUGAGUUUGUUGAACGCUGUGUGAAUAAAAAUUAAUAAGUUUUCUUAAAUCUAAUGCAUUAAUAGCAUAUACGAGUACAUACAUAUGUAUCUAAGAUGUAAUACCAACUAUAUUUGUGUGGUUAGUUGUGUAACAGUUAUUAUUUGCCAAAUUCGACGCUCACCAAACUAUCAGUAUUGCAAGUAGACAAAUAUCCCGUGUGCUUAGUAUAAAUUAUUACGCUGGAAUUGAUUCAGAUGAGCCUUAAAUAAAAUCGAAGCUGCCACAUAAAUUUUGUUGUCUACAAACUUUUAAUCGUCUCCUGUCCGAAAAAGCAUGUAUGUGACGCUCUUGAGCCUGAUAUUAUCGCCUGAGGGCAUUGAAUUUAAAAAGCAUUGUAUGCAUUAUUUUUUAAGAACCACCCUAAUUAACACACAUUCUCCCAUUUGUUACUAUUAAUAAUAUAUUAUAAAUACAUAUGGCACUUUCACCAGUAUAUUAAAUAAUGUAAUUGUUAAUUAAGUUCAUAUGUACAUCUCUUCUCUAAUGGCUUAUACACCUCUUACAAGGUUAUAGCCGCUGUACAUACAUACAUGCAUACAUUCGUGUAGUUUUAGUUACAAUUAAUUGAAAGCAGUAUCCUCACAGCAUACAAAUUCUCUGAUGAUUAAGUUAAAUGCAAAUAUAUUUAUAUACUUAAGUAUAUGUAUGUAUGUAUGUUAAUUUUGUGAUGUUUUAGAGAAAAUUAUGUAA